GCGGGGCCCGGGAGCGAAGCAGCCUGGCAACGGCGGUGGCGCCCGGAGCCCGAGAGUUUCCAGAAUGGCUUCUGCACCAACUUCUAAAUAUAAUUCACACUCCUUGGAGAAUGAGUCUAUUAAGAGGACUUCUAGGGAUGGAGUUAAUCGAGACCUCAGUGAGACUGUUCCUCGACUUCCAGGAGAAACUCGCAUCACUGACAAAGAAGUUAUUUACAUAUGUCCUUUCAAUGGCCCCAUUAAGGGAAGAGUUUACAUCACAAAUUAUCGUCUUUAUUUAAGAAGUUUGGAAACGGAUUCUGCUCUAAUACUUGAUGUUCCUCUGGGUGUGAUCUCCAGAAUUGAAAAAAUGGGAGGCGCGACAAGUAGAGGAGAAAAUUCCUAUGGUCUAGAUAUUACUUGUAAAGACAUGAGGAACCUGAGGUUUGCGCUGAAACAGGAAGGCCACAGCAGAAGGGAUAUGUUUGACAUUCUCACGAGAUACGCCUUUCCCCUGGCACACAGUCUGCCAAUAUUUGCAUUUCUAAAUGAAGAAAAGUUUAACGUGGAUGGAUGGACAGUUUAUAACCCAGUAGAAGAAUACAGAAGGCAGGGCUUGCCUAACCACCACUGGAGAAUCACUUUUAUCAAUAAGUGCUAUGAACUGUGUGACACCUACCCUGCUCUCUUGGUGGUUCCAUAUCGUGCCUCAGAUGAUGAUCUCAGGAGAGUCGCAACUUUUAGAUCCAGAAACCGAAUUCCAGUGCUGUCAUGGAUUCAUCCAGAAAACAAGACCGUCAUCGUGCGUUGCAGUCAGCCUCUUGUCGGUAUGAGUGGUAAACGGAAUAAGGAUGAUGAGAAGUAUCUCGAUGUUAUCAGGGAGACUAAUAGACAAAUUUCUAAACUCACAAUCUAUGAUGCAAGACCCAAUGUAAAUGCAGUGGCGAACAAGGCAACAGGAGGAGGAUAUGAAAGUGAUGAUGCAUAUCACAACGCUGAACUUUUCUUCUUAGACAUUCAUAACAUUCAUGUUAUGAGGGAAUCUUUAAAAAAAGUCAAAGACAUUGUUUAUCCUAAUGUGGAAGAAUCUCACUGGUUGUCCAGUUUGGAGUCUACUCACUGGUUAGAACACAUCAAGCUUGUUUUGACGGGAGCCAUUCAAGUAGCAGACAAAGUUUCUUCAGGGAAGAGCUCAGUGCUUGUGCACUGCAGUGAUGGAUGGGACAGAACUGCCCAGCUGACGUCCCUGGCCAUGCUGAUGUUGGACAGCUUCUACCGGAGCAUCGAAGGGUUUGAAAUACUGGUACAGAAAGAAUGGAUAAGUUUUGGACAUAAAUUUGCAUCUAGAAUAGGUCAUGGUGACAAAAACCAUGCCGAUGCUGACCGAUCUCCUAUUUUUCUCCAGUUUAUUGAUUGUGUAUGGCAAAUGUCAAAACAGUUCCCUACAGCUUUUGAAUUCAAUGAACGGUUUUUGAUUACAAUUUUGGAUCAUCUGUAUAGUUGCCGGUUUGGUACUUUCUUAUACAACUGUGAAUCUGCUCGAGAAAGACAGAAAGUUACAGAAAGAACAGUAUCUUUGUGGUCACUGAUAAACAGUAAUAAAGACAAAUUCAAAAACCCCUUCUAUACUAAAGAAAUCAAUCGAGUUUUAUAUCCAGUUGCCAGUAUGCGUCACUUGGAACUUUGGGUGAAUUACUACAUUAGAUGGAACCCCAGAAUCAAGCAACAACAGCCCAACCCAGUGGAACAGCGCUACGUGGAGCUCCUGGCCUUGCGUGACGAGUACAUCCAGCGGCUCGAGGAGUUGCAGCUCGCCGGCUCCGCCAAGCUCGCCGAGCCCUCCACCUCGCCAGCCGGCCCUUCGCCGAUGAUGCCCCAUGUGCACACCCACUUCUGA